GCAAAUUUGCAUCUUGCGCAAUGCAAUACCAAACAAACAAUGAAACAAACAUAGCUGACGCUUGUCGGUGUUUGUCUGGAAAAAGAAGUGAUUUAAAGUCAUUUUUACUUGCGUGUAAUUCAAAAAUUGGAGUAUGGGACGGCGCAAGAGUAAAAGAAAGCCUCCUCCAAAACGAAAAGCAAUUGAGCCUUUGGACAUUCAAUUCAACUGCCCAUUUUGCAAUCAUGAGAAAUCAUGUGAGGUGAAGAUGGACAAAGGACGUAAUUCGGCAAGGAUAACCUGUCGAGUUUGUCUAGAAGACUUUCAGACAACGAUAAACUUUUUAUCUGAGCCAAUUGAUGUUUAUAAUGACUGGAUAGAUGCAUGUGAAACUGCAAACUGAAACAGCCUAGCCGGACUAUGUUCUCUACUGUGUGUGCAAUCUUAUAAGAGGUCCUGAUUGAUGAAUGAGAAAUGGGCCAGUUCCAUCAUUUAUAGUGUUUAUAUUAAAUUUGUUUAUUAUUAGAUGUUGUCUGUCUUAAUAAUUAAGGCAUUAUAUGGAUAAAAUUUUUAUUACAAUUUUUUAUUGUAUAGAUUAGAUAAUAAAUUUUACGUUUGACACAUUUA